ACUAUCACCCUUUUCAACAGUUCCUUCUCUCUCUCUCUCUCUCUCUCUCUCUCUAGUCCUUUCUCCUCACCUCUGUGCAUUGCUGCUGUGUUGCCUUUAAAUGGAGACUUGAGCUUCAACAUCACGAUUCACUGAUUUUGCUCUCUAAAAUUCUCUGCUGUCAAAACGCAUAGCCAGAUUUGAGUUUGGAGCCUUUGGAGUUUCUGGGCAAUCCCGAGACGACUCCCUCCUUUUAACCUUUUUUGCUCUCAACCCUUUUCACCAUCUAGUGAAAGAUCCCCCAAAAUCCUAAAGAAAAAGAGACAAGAAACAGAAAGAUCAGCUCGUCUUUUUCUCUCUGUUCUCAGUUCUCACUCUAUCUUCCACUCCCUCUCUCUGUCUCUUUGUUCUUGGCUUCUUGUGCUGGGGUGUGUGGUAUGGAAGAGAAUUAUCACAAGAGGAGUGGGCAGAUUCCGGCGUUUGGGAACUGGGAUUACGCAAACCAGCUUCCCAUCACCCAGUACUUCGAGUGCGCCAGGCAAGCUGGCUUGGUCCGCUCUCACUGCUCUUCUUCUUCUUCCGGCGAAUGCGGUCGGCCGCAGCCACACGUCGGUGCUGGCUUGUCUGAAGAGAGACAUCAACAUCGUCGUCAUCAUCCUCGUGCUGCUCCUCUUGGUGUCCCUCCUCGAAAGACAAGAGUGAGGGAAAAGCGACUUGCGCAUGUCAAGGAGUCAGAAAAGCAAUCUAGAACGUGCGACGGUGACGUCCCAGAACCGCCAAAGGAACAGCGCUACGUGUCACGGACUGGCAACAUCAAGAACAAGAUUGUUGAUAAACUGCAAGAAGACGACGCCGGUUCGGUCGCCUAUCCUCAAAUGGCCCGACGAAGACGACCCCCGAAGCCCGUCGAUGAAGAUCUCUACAAAAUUUCCCCUGACCUCCUUCGCACCACCAAGAGGAAGAAGAUGCUGGGGUUCAUCUCAAGAUGUCUGGUUCCGGUUUGCUCAGCUUAAGCUCAUCGUCCAGGUCCAGUGCUAGUGAGAACUCAAGAAUGUUCACACUUAUAGUUUCUUUUAUUAUGGUAUUGUUUUUUUUGCCGAAAAUGUGUGGAGAGAGUUGAUAUAAUAUAUAUCGAGUAUAGAUCGAGGAGGUAGAAAGUACAUUUCUGAAUUCCAAGAUGGCCACACUCCAGCCUCGUGAUCAUUCUUAAUGUACUUAUUUAGGAGCUUUACGAGUGGGUGAUAGCGGUGAUUAAUUUGAAAUUCAGUCAUUCAGGGAGCAAA